UUGUUUACAGGUUGACUACAAGUGAAAUAACCAUGGCCAAUAGGAAUGGAGCAGGGUUGCUUUAGAAUGUAUUUCGUAGUUGAGCCCUGGUCCAGAUUGUCUAGGGAUUUAUGAGAUUACUAUGAGACUCUAUUGCAUUAUUCUGGGUUGUGAAGGUCAUUUGUGAGCAUUGACAUGGGUUGAAUGGUCACUAUAGUGACCAAGAGACAUUGUUGAUUUGAAUGGGAACCUCACCUACAAAGGCUUGUGAGCAUGUCCAUGUAUGCAUGGUUGGGACUAUGGCUCUGUUGAGUUGUUAAGUAUUAAGUAUAUUAAAGUUUUCUAUUUUUUUUUAGUUCUCUCCAUUUCUUCCUCAAUGCUUGUUUUGCAGCAUGGUCACCGUCUUCAUCCCAUGUUCGAGGGUGAAUCUUGUGAGCAGUAAUUUUUUUUCCUACCAAAAUGUCGUGAUAUGUGGGAAGUGAUUGAUAGCAGGAUUUUUUAAUUGCAACAAGUGAUGACAAUGUCUUCUUAACCCCAAGAGAGGUGCUUUAUGAGCAUUGCUCUGGAUAAGAUAGAUCCAAACAUAAUUUGUUGAAGUUGGUGGUAUUUACUGAAUUGAUCUAAAUGGGGACAAGGGAAGAAAGCACACCUGCUAAGCCUUCCAAACCAGCAUCUUCAAAUCAGGAAAUACCCGCAACGCCUUCAUAUCCUGAUUGGUCAAAUUCUGUGCAGGCCUAUUAUGGUGCUGGAGCUACCCCACCUCCCUUUUUUGCCUCAACAGUUGCCUCACCGACGCCUCAUCCCUAUAUUUGGGGAAGCCAGCAUCCUUUAAUCCCACCUUAUGGAACCCCGGUUCCAUACCCAGCUUUAUAUCCUGCAGGGGGAGUGUAUGCCCAUCCAAACAUGGCCCUGACACCAAAUUCAGCACCGGCAAAUACAGAGUUGGAAGGAAAGGUCCCUGACGGAAAGGACCGUGCUUCAGCUAAAAAAGCUAAGGGAACUUCAGGAGGAAAAGCUGGAGAGAGUGGAAAGGCUAUUUCAGAUUCAGGAAAUGAUGGUGCCUCCCAAAGUGCUGAAAGUGGUACAGAUGGCUCAUCUGAUGCCAGUGAUGAGAAUACUAACCAGCAGGAAAAUGCUGCAAACAAGAAAGGAAGCUUCAACCAGAUGCUUGCAGAUGCCAAUGCACAAAGUAACUCAGCCGGAGCAAAUAUCCAAACUUCUGUGCCUGGGAAGCCUGUGGUGUCUAUGCCCGCAACUAAUCUAAACAUUGGGAUGGACUUAUGGAAUGCAUCUCCAGAUUCUUCUGGAGCUACAAAAAUGAGACCAAAUCCAUCCGGUGCCUCAUCCGGUGUUGUUCCUGCUGGAAUGCCUGAACAGUGGAUUCAAGAUGAACGUGAAUUGAAAAGACAGAAGAGGAAACAAUCUAAUAGAGAGUCAGCCAGAAGGUCAAGGUUACGUAAACAGGCAGAGUGUGAAGAGUUACAAGUCAGGGUAGAGAAUUUGAGCAAUGACAAUUGCAAUCUUAGAGAUGAAUUGCAGAGCCUCUCCGAAGAAUGCAACAAGCUUAAAUCCGAAAACGAUUUCAUUAAGGAGGAGUUGACUCGGUUGUAUGGACCAGAAGCAGUAGCUAACCUUGAACAAACCAACCCCGUUUCAGAUCCAAAGUCUCACGGUGGUGAGGGAGACAGUUAACAGUAAAGACUGAGGCAUGAAUUGGCAUCCGGAAGAGUACUUUCUCGAACUCCUCCCGGAUAUCAUGAUUACCAUUAGUCGAGUAGAGGACCUUUGGUUUUCAUAACUCGAUUCGGUGAUCGAUUUGGUUUAAUGAUCGGGUCACGGAUCAAAUGGGUUGAUUUGGAUUGACCUGGGUCAACCAAAAAACAAACCUAUUAUAUUUCAACUCCUCGUUAAAGCAAAACGUAAUUAAUUUUGCCUGUCA